AUGGAAUUGGAUAUGCAAUUCGUGGACAAUGAGACUGGUUUAAAGUACAGUCUACCUGCUGCUAAAUCUGUAGUGGAGAACCUGCCUUCAGUGGUGUUAUCAAAGGAGGUAACUGGGGCAAGUAAUAAUGUAGUUGUCUGCGUGGCUUGUAAGGAUGAGGUUGCAAUAGGAAAAAAGGUCACUAGAAUGCCUUGUAGCCAUCUUUAUCAUGGGGACUGCAUUUUUCUGUGGCUCAGGAUCAGGAACACAUGCCCAAUUUGUAGGUAUGAGUUGCAUACAGACAAUGUGGGUGAUGAAAAAAUGAGGAGUGAUCAUAGGAUUACUGCUAGCUUCCUUAAUGUUUUGCGGGUGAGAUACAAUGAACUUUUGGCUUGA